CUUCAAGAGGUCUUAGUAAUUAUGAUGGUAGAUUAAGAGGUCAUGAUAGUCGUGGUGGUAGAUUAGGAGGUCAUGACAGUCAUGAUGGUAGUAGACCAAGAGGUCAUGGCAGUUACUUUAGACCUAAUAGAAAUGUCUAG